GCGAGGCUCACGGUGUGCGCGCGCGUGUGCAAUAAACCACAUCGACGAGCCCCGACCGUGCCGAGCGUCAGCGUACCUCACGUACGUAAAACGGAGCUUAUCGGCGAUCGAUCGAUCGCGCGCGUGCGACAGACGAUUCGCCGCGACGCGGAUACGCGGGAUACGCGGAACAAUCGGUGCCGAUCGGCGACGGCGACACGUUGUCGAGGGAGUAGCGCACGAUUGUCAGCUUCGCGAGUGCGAAUCCUGUCUCGAAUCGUCAUCCUCGAAAUCAGCCACCUUCCUUCACUCGCCCGCCACGCCGCCCCGACACGCCGCCCGGGGGAAAGCUGCGAUUCGAGUGUGACAGCCGCGGAGUCGCGGAGUCGCUGGCGAUCGCCACGCGAAGGACGUGAAUCGGUUUCGCUUCGUCGGGCCGUGAAACGGGGUGGUGAAACGUAUCGCGUAUACGCUAUAUACACGUUCUUCCCUCCCGCCCUCUUCCCUCCCGUCCUCCAACGCCUCCGCCUCCGCCUCCGCCUCCGCCACCACCUCCGCGAUACGAUCCGCGGAGCGACCUCGUAUCCGUAGUCGCGUGUGUGUGAUAGUGGCAAGCAAAAGGUCGCGCGCGCUGCGCUGCGUAUUUGGGAGGAUUCCAAGUGGUCCAGCAGUGUGUAUCCCCGCCGAGUGGAUCGAAAUUAUGUUCGCCAGGGGAUAGCCCGCGAACGAGACGCGCACACGACAAACGAGAGUGGUAUUCGGGGCGAGCGAGCGUACGAGCGAGUGAGCGAUCGAACGGGGGAGGCAGGAGGAAUCUAGGAAGGAGGAGGCAGUUUUGCAACGAGCAACGCUUCGCGUAGAAGCGUCGCGACGACAAUGACAACGCGCGUCGCCGAGUGAGCUUGGCUCCCCGACAACCAAGAGGAUGCCACGGAGACAGGGUCGCUGCCGAAUCGUACCGGGGCGACACGGCAUCAGUGGGAUCUAGAGAAACGUUUUCUGAGGAGAGUGAGUGGAGCAAUCGGAGAACGAGGGAGAAACGAGAACGAGAUUAUACACAUGUCUUGAGUCCGAGAAAAAUAGAUCGAGGCAUGAUAUAGAAGGUGGGAAACUAAACAAGAAAAAGAGUAAAGGUUAGAGAGAGAAAGAGAGAACAGCGGAAGGAAGAUAGCGAAGAGCGAAAGACAAGAAGAAGACGAGGAGGAAGUUGUCAACGUGACAAGGAGGAUCACAGUCUUUCGGUUUUCGAAAGCUCCUCUCCGUGGGUGUUUUUACGCGUGCGGCCGUGGAUCGAUAGUUUGUCUCGCACGCUCGUGCCGAACGGGAGUUGCGAGUUACGACGGCGAGUUACACUACGUGGAGGACGCGAUCGCGAGCGGUCCUCCUUCGUUCGACAACAACGGCACCCUCGAGCCGCGAGUAACGAGACCCGAGUGGGAGACGAGGAGCAAGUUUCCAAAGGGGCCUAGCUGGUGGUCGUUGCUGGUUAUCGCGACAGUCGUCAACGUCGCAAAGACGCUCGGCGAUCGCAAGCUCCGCGGUGAUUUAUGGGGGAUUACAGCGCGACGAGCUUCUUCUCGAGUACCCUGACCAGCCCGAAACCUAGUACGACCACAAGCAACAUCAGCAGCGCCGCCGUCACCAUAACGACAUCCACGAUGCAGGACGAUCUACUGAUCGAGAAGCAAACUACAGGCAAGCCCGCUCCGCUCUCGCCGAGCGGUGGUCUCGACACCGUGGCUGGACAGGACAAAUCGAAGGACGUGAUCGAGGCGGAGAACAUCGCCAUUACCCCGACGACGCCCUCGUCGACAGAGAAAGACAUUACAUGCAGCACGACAUCAGCUUUGCAGGGCUUCGCUGAUCCCGGUGGCCGUGUACCCAGCCUCUGGUCCGCGCCCGAUGACGGCGGUCUGCACACCGCGUUACCAGUCAACGGCUCGAUCGCUGCCUUUCAGAAUUUCCCAGCCGGUGGACCCGCGGGCCUUUUCGCCAGCACCGGUGCCGCCGCCGCGGUUUCGACCGGCACACGACGUGCCAUCACGGCUAGCCACAAUUUUCCGCAGCAACAACAACAGCACGGUAACGCGGGUGCGCCCACCGGCACCAGACACGGCGGCGGUCUGCAGGUGUCGUCCGCGCAGCAGCAGCAGCAGCAGCAGCAGCAGCAGCAACAGCAACAGCAACAACAGCAGCAUCAGCAGCAGCAGCAGCAGCAACAACCUCCACCGACGUCACACCCAAGCGUCUAUCUGCCCGGCAAGGGAUACGCCGCGUGGUCAGGCGGACCGCAGGCCCCGCAACAAUGGGGCGCGGGCCCGCAAGCGGCCGCUGCUGCCGCAGUCGCCAGCCCGGGCCUGUCGCCAUGGAACCGCGGUAGAUCCGUACCUAAUAUACCACCGCUGCAUUCGUCUUUGCACGCCGCCGCAGCGGUUGCGGCCGCAGCCGGUCUGCAGGGUCGCAAGCCGAGUCCGACAUUCCCGGGCCAUCCGGGCCCGGCAGCGGCGCAUCCCUCCUGUAUCAGCCCGGUCAAGUUCCGUCGAAGCACGUCGUAUCCCGGCAAGGGCAACAUAUAUCCACCUCAACCAGCACCGACCUUCGAGGUAACCGCCGCCGAGGAGAGGGAUCUGCUGCAGCUGCCACCGUUUCAGCAAGAUCGUAUGACGGCUAAUGGAAACUCACCGUUAGACAACAUGAGGACUUUGGAACACUAUCUGAGCGACAUUAUGCGAGCCGGCGCAGCGGACACCCCAGAACAUCUGAAAGGAUUCAUAAACUGCAACACCGCCAACACGUUGCAGUCGCUCGCGCAGCUACAUGGUAAAUCUCCGUUCUUCCCGAGUCUCGAUGAGCAAGGGCUGGAGGAUCCGAAUGCGCCGAGCCAGUUGGACGGUGUCGGCGUUGGCGUCGGAGUAGGCGUCGGCGUCGGCGUGGGUGGCGGGAUAACGGCGUCCCAAGCGGCGCCGCUCUCGUCGCCAAGUCGGAGCAGUCCGCACAGCCAGGGCAGCGAAACCGGCGAGCGUUUCUCGAGGAAAGUCUUCGUCGGCGGAUUACCGCCUGACAUUGACGAAGACGAGAUCACAGCCAGUUUCCGCCGCUUUGGUCCGCUUGUUGUGGAUUGGCCGCACAAGGCAGAAAGCAAAUCCUACUUCCCUCCGAAAGGUUACGCAUUUCUGCUGUUCCAGGACGAGGGUUCGGUGCAACAGCUGAUAGAUGCCUGUAUCCAAGACGAGGACAAGCUUUACCUUUGCGUGAGCUCGCCCACGAUCAAGGACAAGCCCGUGCAGAUCCGACCUUGGCGGCUCAGUGACGCCGACUUUGUGCUGGACGCCUCCAUGCCGCUUGAUCCGCGAAAGACAGUCUUUGUCGGCGGGGUGCCGCGGCCGCUCAAGGCAGUCGAGCUCGCGAUGAUCAUGGAUCGGCUUUAUGGUGGUGUCUGUUAUGCUGGCAUCGACACCGAUCCUGAGCUCAAGUAUCCCAAAGGUGCCGGCAGAGUCGCCUUCAGUAAUCAGCAAAGCUACAUAGCUGCCAUCUCAGCCAGAUUCGUACAGCUGCAGCACGGCGAUAUUGACAAAAGGGUUGAAGUCAAACCAUAUGUUCUGGACGAUCAGAUGUGUGACGAAUGUCAAGGCCAGCGUUGCGGAGGCAAGUUUGCACCGUUCUUCUGCGCCAACGUCACCUGCCUACAGUACUACUGCGAGCAUUGCUGGGCAACUAUUCACUCCCGGCCAGGUCGGGAGUUCCACAAGCCGCUGGUGAAGGAGGGCGCGGAUCGGCCUCGGGCCGUGCCUUUCCGUUGGUGUUAACCCCAGCUGCGUUGUCCCUAAUUAUCUCGCAGCCCUAGCUAAUUAACUACCACCUCUACCAAUAUCUCCCCACCCUCCCCUCACGUGCCCCAACCAACCCUCACUUCCCUCCGCCUCCCAUAUUACUUACUUACUUACUUACCUACAACAAGAACACAGCCUCAAAACUGCUAUUACUACUACUACUAUUACUACCACCACUCGAUCGUUACGUACUAUCACUACUCUACUCUACUACCACUAUUAUUACUAUUACUACUACUACCACAACUACUAUUC